AUGGCUUGGUCACUAGUCUGUCCAGCAAGCCGGGGAAUUGGCUUCCACUUGACACGGCAUCUCUUACAAACGACCAAGAUCCCUGUCGUUGCAACAGCUAGGCAAGAUGUCGCGGGAGUGAAGAAGAGCAUUCUUGAAGAUUUAUCGGAUGUUGAUCCCGAGCGACUCCAUGUUUUGGAGGUUGAUGUUACAAACGAAUCUACCAUCCUCCGUGCAGCAGAAGACGCCAAAACCCUCUAUCCCCCGUCAUCUCAUCAUCUCCACCUCGCCUUUUCAAUUCCAGGAAUCCUCUAUCCCGAAAAAUCACCUGCCCAACUUGACCACUCACACCUUACACAAACCUUCGCCAUCAACACCAUCGGACCUCUCCUCCUCGCGAAACACUUCUCGUCGUUUCUCCCCAAGAAAUCCACCCCUCUCUUUUCCGCUUCCGAAUGUGAAGAAUUAGGAAUCCCUCCUCAAGCAGUCUGGCUCAACAUGUCUGCCCGGGUGGGCUCGACGUCCGACAAUGGACUUGGAGGGUGGUAUUCCUACCGAGCGAGCAAGGCGGGUGUAAAUAGUGUGAGUAAGAGCUUGGACUUGUGGCUGAGGGGUAGAAGUGGUGAGAAGGCCAUGGCUAUGGCGUACCAUCCUGGGACGGUGAAGACGGAGCUGAGUAAGGAGUUUUGGUCAGGUGUUAAAGAGGAGAAGCUGUUUAGUCCAGAGUUUGCGGUGGAGAAAAUGGUCGGUGUUGUGAAGAGUCUGGGGGUUGAGGGUAGGGGAAAAUGUUGGGAUUGGAAGGGGACGGAGAUUCUACCUUGA